AUUGCACACGGUGGUACUUCCUCUCAUGUCGGAGGCACAAGUUUCACGUGUUCAGAGCUGUUUCUUCUCAUCCUCCGGCCGCCAUCGCCCCACUACUCAGCAGCUCUCAGGUUACUCAGGGACCCGGCUCGUCUGGACUUAUUCAUUAUGAUCAACUGUAAGCGAAAUCCGGGCGUCCGCGAGAACGUCCCCGGCCUCCUGCUCCUUAUACUCAUCCUCCCCGUAACUCCAGCCUCCGUUACCAUCACCAGCCAGGCAGAGGGCAGCACAGCUGCGCCCGCAGGGCCGACACUACAGAACAGUACCGGGCAGAGCACGGAACAUUCAGAGGCAUUCAGGACCACUCCGGCUUAUUCUGACCUGUCACAAAACAGCACAAGCAAUGACUCUACAGACCCCACGGCAACGACAAAGGGUCCAGAAUAUUCUACAAUCUUCGCGUUCACGGAUGGAACCCGGUGGCAAGAACCAGAUUCCACCAAUAAUACCAGGAUCCGAGACGAAGCGAAAAUAAAAGAACAAGAUGAUAGGUUCAUCUACGAUGACUAUUCUCUGAAAAAAUGGGGCCUCAUCUGUGCGCUGAUACUGAGCAUCAUUGGGAUCCUUGUACUGUUCAGUGGAAGAUGUCGAGGAAGCUCCUGCAGAAAGCGACAAAAACAGAGAUACAAUGUAUCAGGGAUCUGAGCAGCCUUUGAGUGAUAACCCCGGCUGGAUGAGACGACACCACAUGUCUUAUGUAGGAGGAAGAAAACAUUUACUGUAAAUCACUGCCGUUCUGUUCUGUGGUUUUUUCCUGGACUGUACAAUAAAAUAACAUUUAUUCCAUA